AUUCGUUGUGACGGUCAGAUCUCGGUGGAAUCGCGCUCCGUGCCAUUCGCCGUCGCUGUGUGGAUAUUUGUUGCUCCUGAAACCUCUGGAAACUGAGCCGAAAGAAGGACUACCAACACCACCACCACCACCAUCAGCGCUUAGUCUGCAAGGCAAAUAUUCGUCGAGAGAUUCUUUCGACUGUAGAACUGUUGCCUGCGGGGGAGUGUGUAUGAAUUUUGUUUGUCCCCUUGACUAAGUUCUUACAUGGCUCCAUGCUCUUCUCGGUUAGAAAUUUUCUCUAAAAUUGAAUUGUUUUUUUAGAGAUCGAGAAUAUCACACAAACACUGUACUGUAGUGGCACUUGAUCUUUUCUCGCGAGUUAAAUUUGAACAAAAAAAAAAUAAUCUCGGGAAGGAUAAAACCAACGAUAACAUUUUACGGGGUUGACAAGCCCUCUUCCCAUUUUUAAUUGGUUGGCUGACAGAGCAAACGAUGCGAAAGCAGAAUUACAAAGGAGCAAAGUGAAAGUGAAAUUUUUGCUUCGUGCGGCAAGUUCUGCCUGGUGUGUGUCCUGAUCCGGUGCGGGAGUUGCGGCUUUCAUCCCCCCCCCCCCCCCCUAUUGGCCAGCAUCUUCUGUGUGAAGAAAGAAGUUGGUUUCACUGCGUGAGUGCGAGAGUAAAAGUGCGUGUGUUUUUCAUGCUUGUCAGGUGCGAGCAUGUCGUUGGAAAACACGGCUACCGUUAGUGGGAGAGAGAGAGAGUGAGUAAGUAAGUGCGACUGAGAGUCAACGAUUUCCCGCAAUAUGAAGAAGAGAUCUACACACUUUGGGUCAAUGGAGUGCCGCGAGAUGUUGUUACUGGCGGAUGCUGCUGGAUGCGGAGACUAACCGGAGCAUUAAAGUGGAAAACCGAUAUCCAGUGGGGGAUCUUUUCACGGGGAUCUAUCGCGGAUCAGUGAAUUUUCCGUCCCCAGUUCAGAAGGUAGUUAUUUUUAAACAGUUCUCCAGAGUGUCGUACUUUUCCAAACACACAAGGACGGAUUGGUGGAAAAAGAACGGAAGUGAUUGUGUGGAAGAAGUGAGCGGCGGGGUCCGCUUUUUUCAGCAUCAUGCAGAAUAGCAGCAGCAUAGACGUGUGAAUUCGCGGUGCUGGUGGAGAGCUGGACCGAAGUGUGAGUGAGCAACAAUUUUCCGUCUCUCGCUCUCGCCAUCUUCACCUCGUACGUGUUUUGGCCUCGGUUCGGUGGAAAUAAUGAAAAAUAAAUAUCAAUAUUAUUAUAGUUUUGUGAUUUAUCAUGAAUGCCCCGUAAGUGCUUUCCGGUUCUGCUGGAAUGAAUAGAUGAAAAUCAGCUUAUCCCCCCGAGGGACCGUAAAAGCUAAUAUAUUGGCGGAAAAACGACGAAAAAGCGUUUAUGAGCAGCCUCCAGUGGUGACAGCCCUCGGUUUGCGAUCGUUUGUGGUUUAUGCUAGUGAAAAUUUAUGCGAAAGACGACGACACAGAAAAAUAGAACCAACACAUCUGUGGGCGCGCAGUAGGCGGGCGAUUAGGAUGCUGCGAAUUCUAGCGGCGCACUGCUGGUGGUGGAAUUAUGCUAGUGAUUGUGGCGCUGCCAGCCAACACCGACUACGACGACGGUUGCGUUUUACUGCAGUCGUGUUGAUGCCUGGGCCACUGCAAAACGAAGCAUGAAAUUGUCACUGAACCGGAAUGGUAACAUCUAAGUAGGCGUGCAACUACGGCCGGACGUCGUCCUCCAGGAACGUUUCGCCAUUCGUCUUCGCAAACAGUGCUAAAUUCAGACUGCUCGGUGGAAAGAAGAGGAAAUGAAGUUGCACAGGUUUUCGCAUCGGAGGAGGAGGAGGACGAGCGCUGGAGGAUUUACGAGCACUGAGAUGUCGAGCUCGAGGGGAAUGACGACCGCUGCUCAGCAGUGUCGAAUCUGGGUACGAUGGGAUCGCCACGAUGCAAAGAAGCUGCCGGGGAGAAGCUGAGUGCGCGCCAAUCGACCGGUUUGUGUUGCGUGGAAAAGUGUGUUAAUCUAGUAGCCUGGAUAUUUUAUUGUGGUUGAAACGAGCGAGUCAAAGUAUCAAACAGCCGACACAAAAAUAAACAAACACUUGAGGUGCGCGCGCGAGUCAGCGUGAAAGAGAAGCUAAUUAGCGCCCGAGAAGUGAAGUGAGUUAGGUGCGGAAAAAUAAUCAAUACAGUCGUGAGCUUUUACAAAAAUACCAAAUAGCGGAUAAGUUAGGUUAAAUGUGCAGUAAUACUUCGCAUAUCAGUUACAAAACAGAAAAGAAACAAACAGUUCCAAAUUGGUACUGAAGCGAGAGAAAAAAAAAAUGGAUGAAGAAACAUCAAACACAUAUGUAAGACAGCUGUUCACUUUUCCAACGCUUGCUGCUAUGUGUCACGAACCGAUGCAGCAACGCGUCUAAAUCGUAGAAAGGUGCGAACCGUGUGAAGGGGAAAACUCAGAACCAAUCAUAAAGUCUGAUUUGAUUGAUUGAACGAACGAACUG